AUGGCGUCGAAGAAGAAACAGAAAAAACGUGUUUCACCUGAAGAACAUGUGGACUUAGAUUUAUCUGUAAUCGAGCAAUUGGGUGGUGACAAGCUUGAUUUGGAACUCCUCAAAGAUGUGGACAAGGAAGACAAUGAAAGUCUGGAGGGACUGGACAAUGAUAUGGACAUGGAACCUGUCAAGAAAGAUGAGCUGAGAGAUUUCAUAAAAAAUCUUGGAAUCAGAAAAUAUCGCAAUGACAUCAUUGAAGAAAGUGUGGAGGAACCGAAGAAAAAGACUGAAAAGCUAACAAAAGAAAAGAAGGAAGAGAAAAAUAAGAAGAAACAAAAUGUUGUUGAUUCUGUUACACCAGUACCACAAAAAAAGCAAAGAAACAAGUACAAAUCACUUGUUCAGCACCCUGAGGUGUCCAGUUCUUCAUCAGUCAGUCAGCCACAAGGACUGAAGGGCCACAUGUUAAUGUACAAACCCCGUGACUACCUACUGGUCCGACAUGGUGUACAGUGGCAGGAUAAAGAGGACACCUUGCCCGGGCUGGGUAAAGACACCAAAAGUUUGGAUAAUGAUUUGGAGAAACAGAUGGAGAGUUUUGCAUCCAAGCUAUUAGCUGAUGAGGUCAAAGUUCAUAACAAACAAUGGGAAUCUAAGAAGAAGUCUGAAGCUGGCUGGAUCAAAACUGUCCUGGUAUCUGGGACGUUGUCGGACAAGAUUGCAGCCCUGACCCUCCUGGUACAGGAAUCACCCAUCCACAGCCUCAACAGCCUCGAUAGUCUUAUCGCCAUGGCCAAGAAGAAAGGCAAGCGCGAGUGUAUGAUGGCUACUGAUACCCUGCGUGAGUUAUUUACCUCGCACCUGUUGCCAGAAAACAAAAAGCUACGACAAUUUCACCAGUUUGACCUGAAUUCUAUAGAAGCCACAUCCGGCGGGAACAGGGACACCAUUGACAGGAAGCUGAUCCUCUGUUGGUUUGAAUCACAACUCCGGAACAAAUACAUAGACUUCAUCAAUGCUCUAGAUAUGAUGUCAAAAGAUACAAUACAAGCUGCCAAACAGAAAGCUAUAAGUACGGUGUAUGAACUUUUGGCUGACAAACCUGAACAGGAACAGCUUUUGUUGUCCAUGCUGGUAAACAAGUUGGGAGAUCCGGAUUACAAACUAGCUGCCAAAUCUACACAUCUACUUUCCCGGCUAGUUGACAAGCACCCAAACAUGAAGGCAGUGGUUGUGGCGGAGGUGGAGCGUUUACUGUACAGACCUAACAUAGCAAAGAGAGCGCAAUAUUAUGGUGUGUGUUUCCUCAAUCAGCUGAUGUUGAGUGAAGAGGAAUCCGAGCUUGCCAUCAAACUCAUACGACUCUACUUCUCAUUUUUUAAGGCUUUUGUGAAGAGAGGUGAGGUGGACAGUAAGAUGAUGAGUGGCCUGCUCUCAGGGGUCAACAGGGCAUAUCCAUACGCCAAAGGUGAAGAGAAGUUUAUCAGUGAACAGAUGGAUACCCUAUAUAAGAUUGUACACUUAGUGAACUUUAACACCAGUCUGCAGGCCCUCAUGUUACUCUAUCAGGUGAUGGACUCAAGUCAGAAUGUCUCUGAUCGGUACUAUGUGGCCCUCUACAAGAAGAUGAUCGACCCAGCUCUGUGUACAUCUGCUAGACAAGCCAUGUUCUUAAAUCUACUGUUUAAAAGUAUCAAGAAAGAUGUGGCUGACAGGCGGGUCAAGGCCUUUAUUAAGCGACUGCUACAGAUCUGUCCAUUCCAGUCGCCCCAGUUUACCUGUGCUGCCCUGGUCUUGCUUGGAGAGGUCAUCAAAAUUCAGCCUCAUGCCAUUCUUACUCAACAUAAGAGUAUGGGUUUUGAUGAUAAUGAAGAUGAUGAUGAGGAGGAACAUUUCACUGACCUUCCCGCUCCAGACGAGGAUGUAGUCCUGAUGAAACAAGAGGAACCAAAGGAUGUAAAGCCAGUUAUACCGUCGUCAUGGAUACACAAAUCUAUAGGUCAAGGCCACAGUAUGUUUUACAACCCCUCCGUGAGAAAUCCUCUACAUUGUCGCGCCGAGCAGGAAUGCAUGUGGGAACUGGAGAAACUCGCGGCACAUUUCCAUCCAUCUGUUGCUCUAUUUGCUCAAACUCUUCUCAAGGGUGAGCCAAUCACAUACGGGGGAGACCCUCUACAUGACUUUACAACCAUCAGAUUCCUGGAACGAUUUGUCUACAAAAAUCCCAAACAACAACAGAACAUACCAGAAAACUCAGGAAUUCUGUCCAAGACAAAGACCAAGAGGAGAGACCCAUUGACAGGUGCCAGGAAGUUUGCUGUAAACAGCAAAAGUUUCCUUGAGAAGGAUGAAAGUGAAAUCCCAGUCGAGGAAAAGUUCUUCCAUAAAUAUUUCACCCAGAAAGAGGCUCUGAGUGGUAAGGUUAAGAAGACUACUGAUGACAGUGACGAUGAUGGCAGUGUCUGUGAUGAGGACUUUGAUACCUAUCUCGAUAAAUAUGAAAAGGAGCUGGAGGGUGGAGUCGAAAUGAACAUUGACUUCUCAGAUGUAGACUUCGCAGCAUCUAUGGGAAAGAAACCAAAGAAGAAAAGAAAACAAGAAGAGGAAGAUGAUGACGACGAUGAUGAAGAUGACUAUGAUAACUUGUCUGAUGAGGAAAUGGACUUUGAUAAUGAUGAUGAUUUUAAGGCAGAGUUUGAUGAUUUUGAUGAUGAGGAUGACAAUGAAGACCAUGAUGAUGAUGAUGGUGAUGAGGAUGAUGAUGACGAAGGAUCAGAGGACGAUGAGGAUGACAUGGCUGAUGACUAUGAUGAGGAGGAAGGAUUUAAUGAAGAGGAUAUAGAAUUUUCUGAUGAUGAUGAGUUUGCCGAACCUCAGCCCAAGUCAAAGAAAAGACGUGGUAGUGAGGAUUUCAUGGCCGCCCCGAUGAAGAAGUCCAAGGGCUCCAAAGGACUAUCCAGUAUAUUUGCCUCUGCAGAUGAUUUUUCACAUCUUCUUGACGAGACUGCUGCCUCUAAGCUGGACAUGACAACAUCACAUGCUGUGUCUAACAAGGAAAAUGCUCAUGAGAAGCAGCUGAUGUGGGAAAUGAAACGAGAGAGGAAGAUGUCCAGAGGAGAUGACAGGAGGAAGUUCAAGAACAGAUCCAAGAAACCCUUCAAACAGUCCACACAGAAGUUUAAAGGAAAAUCUAAAGGAACUCAGAAAUUUAGCGGCAAAAAAGGAAAGUCUGGCCGCAAGUGAUCAUAAAAUGAUGACCGAUCGUGAUUGAGGCCAUGUUUCUCUACGAUAUACAUUCUUGUGAAUCAAGAAGACAGACUGGAAGGAAUUAGUACAAGUCUCUUGAACUGAUCCGGGCUGGAUUCAGGAUUGAGCCAAGGGGGUUCAACUUUGACCAUGGACUUUGAACAAGGGUUCAAGUUUGAUAAAGUUUUAAGUUAAAAGCUAUGGCAUGUAUAUAUGUAUAGUAUCAUGUUUAAAAGAGAUAUUGUACAGAACUUACGUGUAUCAUUGUCCAGCAGAAAAAAAAGAAGACAAAGUAUCGUGAUAAGGUAUAACAUUAAAACAAGCUGAAUAACCCGAAACAACUUUUUGAAGAAAUGAAUACAUUAUGUACUAUGUUGAUACUGUAGUAAGCAAAUUAAUAAUAAAAUUCUGUGUUUUUAUGGUGCCUGACACUGCCAGGAAUGGAUCUGGUUAUCUUACUGAAAUUUUCCUUGUAUGACUGAUUUUUGGGAGUCGGGAUAUCUGAGUCCUGGAUUUUCCUGUGGGACUUGCUCAAAUUUUGAGUACACACUAUAUCUCUUAGUAAUGGGACUCACCAAAAUUCUGAAAAGUGCUCAAGACUCGACUGGAAAUUUGAUGUAUGAAGAUGUUCUCAGCCAUAUAGCAUGCAAUAUGUUUAUAAAAUGAAAAUGAAGAAGCUUUUAUCGAAUGGUUUCUAUUGAACAUAGACAAAUAUGAAAAUGAAGAAGCUUUUAUCGAAUGGUUUCUAUUGAACAUAGACAAAUAUAGGUGGGUGUAUUUCCAAGCAUAGACAUUGUGCUGCAAAUAUAUUUACUAAAUAAAUACUUUGUUGGGCAAGGCAAUGCAAUAGUGUGAAAAUUAUAAAACAUUGAUUGUAAUAAAAUGGUUUUCGACACUGA